AUGGCGGCGGCGGCGACGGCGACGACUACAGCGGCGGCGACGGCGGCGGCGGUGGGGCCGGGGGAGGUGAUCUCCGUCCACAGCCUGGAGCAGUGGACCAUGCAGAUCGAGGAGGCCAACGCCGCCAAGAAGCUGGUGGUGAUUGACUUCACUGCAUCAUGGUGCGGACCAUGCCGCAUCAUGGCUCCAAUUUUUGCUGAUCUCGCCAAGAAGUUCCCAGCUGCUGUUUUCCUCAAGGUCGACGUUGAUGAACUGAAGCCCAUUGCUGAGCAAUUCAGCGUCGAGGCCAUGCCAACCUUCCUGUUCAUGAAGGAAGGAGACGUCAAGGACAGGGUUGUCGGAGCUAUCAAGGAGGAGCUGACGACCAAGGUUGGGCUCCACGCGGCUGCCUAG